ACACUGUAUAGUGGCGGUGUAUCUAGAUAGAGUUAAAAUUUUAGGCUAAUAGACAUUGUGGACUGUUUCAGCAUUUUAUUUCAGGAUUAACUAAGAGGAAACAAGGCAGCGGCCUGUAUUUAGAUCACCGGCCUUGAGUUGGACGUCUGAUUUAAUUAUUUUAUUUGAUAAUGAGAGAAAAUCUUUCAAAACAACAACAACAACAACAACAAAAGACCAUAAAAGUAGUGAUGAUAGAAACCUGACAUUACAGAUAGCACCUUUAAUAUUAUUUUAGCAUUACUUAAACUUCAGCUUAAUGUAAUACUGAUAAAUAUAACACUGCCAUCGUGUGGUUAAAACUCUCAGCAGAUUGGACAGCAGAGCUAUGUGAUUUGAUUGACGGAAGCUCGGACCAAUCAGCAUGCGCAAGCCGAGAGUUCUGAGCCAAUCCUGACAACUGACUCCGACUGUAUCGGGAAAUCACGGAAGCAAAAUAAAGCCAGUUCGACCGGAGAGGGAAAUAAGUUUGUGAGAAGUGGGCGAUUUGAAAGAAGUCAUCUUUGGUCGUGGCACCACAAAUGCAUUUCUUCAUGCAUUUGCACAAUGCUAUACAUUCUGUCAAGAAUGCAGACAAAAUGAUGCAGUGAUAAUGAGAAUGAACGCCACAAAGUGCACAGAAUAGGAGAGCUGAAUACGACAGGCUGGAGCUCAACCAUGAUGAGCCAGUUGCAAAGACAUGCUGUAUUUGAUCAAGACUUGGCUGGUUGUCAAUAUUCCUGGGUUCUGUGCCCUCACCCGUGUGGGAAAUAAUGAUAUUGAUAAGGAAUCUUUAUUAGUCACAUAUACAUUACAGCACAGCGAAAUUCUUUUUUUAUUCGCAUAUCCCAGCAUGUUAGGAGGUUGGGGUCAGAGUGCAGGGUCUGCCAUGAUACGGCACCGCUGGAGCAGAGAGGGUUAAGGACCUUGCUCAAGGGCCCAACAGUGGCAGCCUGGCAGCGCCAGGGCUUGAACCCCCGAUCUUCCGAUCGUAGAUCAUGGACUUUACAUAGUCCAUCACAAAAAGCACUCACUCUCUUUCUUUCCAUUCUGUUUUCCUGUUUGUUUUUUCUUUUUUUCAAGUGUCCAAAGUCUUGUAAUUAACAUCCAGGCAUUAAGAUGGAGGAAGUUUCAUUCAGUACAGCAAGCAGUGUUACAGAUACUGAGAAGGAAGGGAAUGGAGAGCAGCACAAAGCCUUGCUGUGGUCAAUCCAAGAAGCUGCGGAGAGGCAUACAGUCCAGAUUGGGGUUUCAGCUUGUGGUGCUACAGCAGUGGUGGAUGUGCUGCAGGCUCUGGGGAUUGUGGUGGCACCAGAAACAGCUGAUCACUGUGUACGGACUAAGUUGAGGAGGAAUAAUUCCCCAUUGCCUGAUUACCUUCACUCUCGCAGCGAAGCUGGUGCCACACAUAAGCAGUUGAUAGAUGGCGCAAAGGAAGCUAGUGGUGGACGAGUGCUGGGCAGAUUCUUUGGUUUCUACCCACCGAGGCAGGUAAAUUUAGUGCCUUGGCUGGCACACUGGAUUCGGAAUAGAGCUGUACCUGUCGCCACCAUGAACAUGCAGCGUGGAGUGCCAGAAGGUGAAGAGAUCCCUGAUGCCUGGCAUCACCAACUGAUAUUUGGGGUGGCAGCCAAUGCUGUUUUCAUGACUAAUCCACUGGACUUGGUUAGCGAAGAGGAGUUACUUGUGCGUCUGUGCAGUGAUUCUGUGCUGCUGAUACGUCGUGAAGAUGUCUUAAAGAGAUUAACGGCAGACUCUCCUCUUCGACUGAUCUCAGACCAUCAGAACGAUCCCCGCUGGAAAACCCUUAAUGUGGAAGGUCAAGUUCAAAAAUUGAUUGAUGGAGAAAACUGUGAGGAAGACCACCUAAAAAUGACGCACAUAACAAUCCCAGCAGCAUACAGCUCAGGGAUUACACUUUUUGCCCUCAGGGAUUCAUCCAUUGGUCAAGAGCUCCUCUGUGCCCCUGAACUGCCUUUGCUGUGAUUUAACAAUCUCUGGACCUCUUAUACUGUGUUUGGUCUAAUUUUCAGUACUGUAACUGUAAUUGAUUAUAUGGUGUCAGAAACUGUUAAUAAUUCACUAUACUUUAUUACUAACAAUAAUGACAAGGUCUGCCAGCAUUUCAGACUUUCGAUGAUAUCUUGAAACAGAAGGUUACGUAUGUAACCGUAAUUCUAUGUCUGAGUGGAGAACCACCAAGACAAGUUUCCUUUGGCGCAGAAAACAUCCUGUUGUCUAAUUGGAAAACAAAGAAUAAGUCCUGUAAAUAAUUGGAAUUUGCUAGCUUCGUUGUUGUGCAUGUUCAUCUUACAUGUGGGCUUGUCCUGUAACAUGAAGUUAUCAGCAAUAUAUCAUGCCUGUCUGUUACGACCCUUUAUUUUUGUCUUGGUUUUUUUCUCUCUCUGUUUCUGAAGUGUUUGUGUCCAGGUACGGUGCUGAUUGGCUCCUACAUUCUAAUGAGUGGUCCAUCCUGAUUGGUGCAGUCGAUUCCAGGCAUGCCUCCUAAGCCCUGUUGUCACUUGCUUUGGGAGGGCAUUGUGUUCUGUGGGGGAGUGUCAUUGGUUCGAAUGUUUAAAGCUCUGAUUGUGAGUUAUAAUUUCAUGUUACGUCCCGUCUAGGGGAAAAGGGUGCAACAUGAAAGGAGAGAGCGGAAGCAGGGAGAUCUUUUGUGUUUUUUUAAUGAUAUAAACAAGAUUCCAACAAUCAAACAUGAAUAGGGAGAUUGCUUCGGGAGUUGACCAAGCCAAAAAUAUCAAACAAAAAGUCACUACCGAUUUCAACCCUUAUUUACCUAAAACAAAAGAAAAGAAAAAUACAAUCACCUUCCCUGACUACCUAUCCCACAACAAAGACCAGAAGUGGGUAAACAAAAUGGCGUCAAGCAAACUAGUUAAGAGGGCAAACCACACGUAAUGUCGUUAAUCAGGCAAUGAGGUCGAAAUACCAAACAGUUUUUUUACUUACAAUUUCUAACACACAAUCAGAGCUUUAAACAUUCAAACUUUGUCUAAACAAACAGUCAAAUCAACAACCCUCCCCCACACUACACAAUGUCAAUUCCUGAAGGAAGUGACAGCAGGGCUUUUGAGGCGUGCCUGGAAUCGACUGCACCAAUCAGGAUGGAUCACUCGGUAGAAUGCAGGAGCCAAUCAGCACCGUACUUGGACACAAACACUUCCGAAACAGAGAGAGGAAAAAAAACCAAGACAAAAAUAAAGGGUCGUAACACUGUUAAAGCUGUUAAUUUAUGUCAUUAAAAAGGAAGAGUGGAAAUGUGGUUGAUUGCAGUGCGCUGAUUUUAAUUUGUUUACAAUUUGAUCAGUUGUUUCAGUUAAAAAAUGAAAGUAUGUCAAACUA